GAGCACCUUUUUUACAGGGAGAUUUCAUCAUUUCAAGGGGGCAUUUCUACAUGCUCCACCGUGUAACACAAAUUGAACACAAGUAAAAGUUAUGUGUUGUGUACAACACAAGUACACAACACAUAACUGUGUCUAUAUAAUUUGUUACACAAACAAAAUAAAUAUGUUUUUUACCAUCAAUGUAUUACUCAUAAGCGUUGGCAACACUGAACUUUUUUUGUUCACUGCUACUAAAAUUGAUUUAGCUAUACAUUUCAGUAACCAAUAAUCCGUUGUUAAACCGAGUUAUGCUUUUUAUUUUAUUGUCUUGUUUCACUUAUACAUUUAUUUUUUAAGUAAGGAUUUUCAAUUAAAUUUUUUUCUUUAAAAUAAAAAAAACAUGAACUUUCAAAAAACUACCAGCGAUUAUUCUUCAUUAGUUUCUUUAGUACGAAACCAACCAUAUCCAACAUAUCCGCAAUAUGCCACAUUCACAUCAAGAUUAAAAACAUAUAAUUUAUUUCCGCCAACUAUACCUCAAAACAAAUAUGUAUUGUCUGAAUGCGGAUUUAUAUAUACAGGGGUUCAAGAUAUUGUUGAAUGCUUCUCUUGUGGACUUGUA